AUGGUCGGAUAUGCUCAGGAAGAAGACGACUAUGACAUCGCAUCUGAUGGCGAAGAAUUCAAUGAAGAUACCUUGGACGAUGAUGAGUAUGAACAGCUCUAUGCUCAGUUGCCUCUCCUAAAGAAGGAACUUGAGAGCUACAACGACGACAUUCAAGAAAUUGAUAUGAAGGAAGCCCUUUAUUUUAACUAUUACAAGAUAAAUGAAGCAGUAGAAGAAUUAAAGGACAAAUAUCCCAAGAAAAAGAAAGUUAAUUCGAAGACUGCCAAAAAGAUCCAGGCUAGCUUUGAUGAGCCAAGCCCUGAUCAGAAGGUUUUAGAUGCGCAAAGUGCAGCAUUUGAGGCAAAUAUGGGUGGGUUGAGCAUCGAAGAAGCUAAAAACCAACAGGAGAAGAAAGAAAAGGAGGUUAAGAAAGACGUAGUGAUUAAACAGACUAAGCCUUUCAAGAAAAUUGAUUUAGACUCAAAGCUAAAGUCAAGUGACAAUUACCAGAAACCAAGUAAGUCCUUUGUGGUCAUUGGACACGUGGACGCUGGGAAAUCUACACUUUUAGGUAGAAUUCUCUAUGAUGUGGGAGUGGUUGACGCCAAGCAACUCAAUAAGCUCACUAGAGAAGCCGACAAAGCAGGGAAGGGGUCCUUUGCAUUAGCCUGGAUCAUGGACCAGACCACCGAGGAAAGAUCCAGAGGUGUUACUGUUGACAUUUGUGCAACAAACUUUGAAACUGCAAAAGCCAAGUAUACUGCUAUAGAUGCACCAGGGCAUAAGGAUUUCGUUCCUCAGAUGAUUAGUGGAGUUACCCAGGCAAAUUAUGCGGUGGUGGUCAUAGACUCUAUCAAUGGAGAAUUUGAAUCCGGAUUCAAUAUGGAUGGUCAGACCAAAGAACAUACUCUUUUGGCUCGUUACUUAGGAGUGGAGAGAAUCAUUGUGGCAGUAAAUAAGAUGGAUAAAGAAAAGUGGUCACAGGAUAGAUUCAAGGAAAUUCAACACCAAAUGUCAGAAUUUUUGACCAAUCCUGAGGAUGAUGUUGCAUUUAAACCCGAACAAAUUGAAUUUAUACCUCUUUCGGGCUUGACGGGGAACAACCUUGUGAAAAGAGAUCAAAGCAUUAAGGAAUUCUCAUGGUACACUGGGCCCACAUUGAUAGAGUAUUUGGAUCUGUUGGAUAUCCCUAAAGGACAACAAAUUAAAUCAGGUGAAGAGUUUUCUAAAGAAGAGUUUAAGCUAACUAUUAAUGACGUAUUUGAAUCAUCAAAUUCUGAUUUCGUAGUAACCGGAAAGAUCAUAUCUGGAGUGGUGCAACCAGGAGAAACCGUGAAUAUUUUACCUAGUAAUGAGUUUGCUCAAGUUCAAUCGAUUACCACGUCUGUAUCUGAUCAACAGAAUGUUGAUUUUGCCAUACAGGGAGAAAUAGCACUGUUGAAGUUCAAGUCGAACCAGUUGAAAAAUACGAUUACUUCUAUUGCGACUGGAGACAUAAUUUCAGGCUUGAACUCCCCAAUUAAAUCUACUGAUACGCUCACCUGUGAAGUCAAAUUGUUCCAAAUGUCCAAGCCAUUGCUUGUUGGAACUCCAUUUGUCUUGUUUAGGAACACAUUUCAAUCACUGGCCAGAAUCACCAAAAUUAUUGAAAUAGUGCUGGAUGGCAAAAAGAAGAAGAAGAAAAUGCACUUAGUAUCAAGGCAAGUCGCCAUCAUUGAGAUCCAAUGUGAAAGACCACUCCCCGUUGCAACCUACGAGCAAAAUGAGAUACUUGGUAGAGUAGUAUUGAGAAGGGAGGGAUUGACUAUUGGGGCCGGGAAGAUUGUCGAAGUAUAG